AUGGUUGUGAUUGCUUCGACGAUUGCUGAUCUUGCGCCGGUCAAUUGCGAGCUUCAACUCGAGUCCGGCAGAAACAUCAAAUAUGUUGCUACGAGAAAUGCGAACCCGAAAACGCAUGUCGGCGAGGAAUUGCCUAUAAUGCGCAAGAAUAGUCAUCAUACAGAAAUGUACGAAGAUUGGGAAGGUGUCAAUUCGUUGUGUCAGGCCAUCGAUCAAAUUGUCGAGAUUGAAAUGGAGUCGGACUUCUUCGAUGGCAAAUCGGUCCUCGAAAUCGGCUUCUCCACCGGCCUUCCGAGUGUUUAUGCGUUCGAAAGCGGUGCGAACGAAGUCGCUCUUCACACAUUUACGAAAACCGCAAUGGAGGUUUUCUGUAAGCCGACGUUGAAGCGCAAUAAUAUACCGAACAACCAGACGAAGUUCUCAUUUGGAAGUUUGGAGGAGAUGAAGAAGUGCCUCGGCGGCAAGAAGUUCGACAUCAUUCUUGCUCCGGACUUGCUCAACCGAAGCGAGACCGAGUUCGAGCUCUUGCACGACAUCAUCGACGAAGCUCUUAGCUUCGACGGCAUUUGCUUGUUCUCGUGCUCAUCAUACUACACCAAAGUCGACGGGUCUCUCGACGCAUUCUUGAGCCUUGUGAAGCGCCGCCGCGAGUUUGACGCCAUCGAGAGAUGGAGUUCGCCAAAAACGGACAUCAUCCAGAAGAAGGUUGUCGCGUUGAUCCGUUCGGUAUUCUAG